AUGCUUAUUGGAAGUGAAUGUUUCAGUAAUCUUUUACAAAGAGGACUCAUUAAAUUAGGAAACCACCGGCCAACACUUCAUGAGACUGCUCUGGGCUGGGUCGUAGCUGGUCAACUAAAUGUAAAUUAUAAUACACAAAAUACUGCAAGUUAUCUUUGUACAAAUUCAAAUUGUCAAGCAACAGAAACCAUCAACCAAGCAAUAACUAAAUUUUGGAGAGUAGAAGAAUUUAAAACUGAUAGAUUAAGUACUGAUGAAGACAUUCAAUGUGAACAAAUGUAUUCAGCUACUACAUCUAGAAAUCAAUAUGGAAGAUACAUUGUCAAAUUGCCAUUACGCUCUGAUCCAUCAGUCCUUGGUGAUUCAUUUCAAGAAGCGUUAAGGCGAUUCCGACAGAUUGAAAAACGUUUGCAAAAAGAUGUUGUAUUACAAACCAAUUACAACAAUUUCAUGAAUGAAUAUUUAUCUCUUGGUCACAUGCAAAUAGUGGAGGAUAUAACACAGGCAAAGGAAGUUCGCUAUUUUUUACCACACCAUCCUGUAUUCCGUGAAGCAAGUACUACAACAAAACUCAGAGUAGUAUUUGAUGCCUCGAUGAAGACUGAUGGAGGUAAGGGCUUGUCUCUAAACGAUAUACUUCUAGUUGGUCCGGUUGUCCAGGAUGAUUUAUUUUCUGUAAUCAUUCGUUUCCGAAUGCACAGUAUAGUAUUUACAGCAGACAUAAUAAAAAUGUACAGACAAAUUCAAGUUCACCAUGAAAAUACUAGCUUACAGUCAAUAUUAUGGCGCUCAUCUCCACAUCAAGAGAUCAAGAUUUAUGAAUUAAACACUGUCACAUAUGGCACAGCGGCUGCGCCAUACUUAGCAACCAGAACAUUAAACCAACUAGCUGCUGAUUGUAAAGACAAGUAUCCUAAUGCAGAAAACAUUAUAAGGGACUUUUAUGUGGAUGACAUUCUUAGUGGAGCCAACACCGUGGAAGAAGCCAAGAAAAUCAUCUCUGAACUGAAUUCUAUGCUCUCCGAAGGGGGAUUUCAACUCAGUAAGUGGGCUUCUAACUACAAACCAUUGUUAAAUUUCACAACAAAUAACAAAUCAAGCAAUACAACAGACAUAAUUACAGUUCUUGGACUAACUUGGAAUCCAAGCAAUGAUAAUCUUUAUUGCACACGACCACCUGUUGAUUUUACCCAUGCAUAUCAAACCAAGAGAGAAGUGCUUUCACUCAUUGCAAGGUUAUAUGAUCCACUAGGACUCAUUGGACCAGUAGUAAUACUUGCAAAAAUGUUGAUUCAAGAAUUGUGGAAACUGAAAAUAGAUUGGGACUCACCAUUGCCACCAGAUACGCAGGCAACUUGGAAUAAGUUUGUUGAUGAAUUACCAAAUUUAAAUAAAUUACAAAUUCCUCGACAAGUAACUUUGGCAAACUGUGAUUUAAACUUUGACAUUCAAGGAUUCUCAGAUGCUUCAGAACGAGCCUAUGGGGCGGUGGUAUACAUUAGAUGUACAGACCACAAUGGUUAUAACCAAACAAGAAUAUUAGCUGCCAAAUCAAGAGUAGCACCUGUACGCACUCUAAGUAUACCUAGACUAGAACUUUGCAGUGCUCUACUAUUAUCGCAGUUGGUAAGUUCAAUACUUUCCGCAUUAAAGGUAAAACCAAAAAACAUUUUUUUAUGGUCAGAUUCUACCGUAACAUUAGCCUGGAUUUCAGCCUGUCCGUCAAGGUGGAAACAAUUUGUUGCCAAUAGAGUUAGUGAAAUACAAAAAUUAACAUCUAAUGCUCAGUGGAACCACAUAAAAUCGGAAGACAAUCCAGCAGAUCUAAUCUCGAGAGGAGUCCAACCUUCAAGGUUGAUUGAAGCAUCCUUAUGGUGGUCAGGUCCAACAUGGUUGAGAUUCUCAAAUGAUCAGUGGCCAGUAUCCAUUACUGCACCUACAUCAGAAACAGUACUUGAAGAACGAGUUAUAAAAACACAAGUAUUUGUAACGUCAAGUAUCCAGUUCGAAAAUCAUUCGUCAUGGUCCAAAUUAAUUCGAACAACUGCGUAUGUAUUUCGAUUUAUACGUAAUACUCAAGCUCGAUCUCAAUGCAGGGAAAAACUAAUCGGCCAUCUUACUACUGAAGAGUUUCGACAAGCAACAUUGCAUUGUUGCAAAUUAGUUCAAGCUGAAGAGUUCUCAUCAGAUAUAACUAAACUUUCGAAUAAUAAAAAUUUGUCAUCAAAAAGCAAGUUGUUAUGUCUAGCUCCAUUUAUGAUCAAGAAGGAGUUCUUAGAGUUGGGGGACGACUAA